GCAAUUCCGUUAAAAAUUAUUAUAAAAAUUAAUAAAUUUAUUAAAAGCAAACCAGGUGUUUUUCAACGAGUCACAUAUUAAUCAUCGAUUAUGAGCCCUAGUUAGUAUCGAUAUUUCUCCGAUAAACAAAACAGCUGAGUUGCUGCCGAAUUUGCAAUUAAAACGCCCACAUAUCAGUAUUUGUUAUUUACUUUUUCGUCAACAUGUCCAAUCCGUUUGGUGAACCAGAUGAUGACGAUUCUUGUGAAAUUUUGGAGGGUUUCCUGUGUCCUAUUUGCAGAGAGGAUCUUAAAUCAGCUGAAUUUUUGACUGUGCAUUUCGAAAGGUCUCAUGCGGAACAACAAGAUGCACUCAAGUCUGUUUUUAAGGAUAUUAUUUCGAAAGCGAAAAGCAAAAUACUGAAUAUUGAUGAGACCUUUGAUCUAUCGAGAAGUUUUGACAGAAACGCAAGUAUUGCGGGCGGCGCUAUUGGUGGAAAUGGUGCGGCGGGCAAUGCUGGGUCUGUGGCAGUUUCGGAUAUCAGCGCAAAGAGUAACGCGAGGAGUCGCAUGAAUGUCUUUAACUUUAUGGACCGUCAAGCUGUUGGAGCUGAAAGUAAUCAUUUAGAGUAUUUUCAAUCAGUGCGCAACCCUCGCCUAGAACGAUAUGCCAGUGAAACGAAUAAAUUAAUCAUACGCUUGCAUAAGUUACUAACAAAUUUACCAAUGGAUCCCGUUCUUCGUAAACAACAUGAACGAAACAUUGUUACAUGGUUGGAUGGAAGCUCAGUAAAGCUAUGUCCCAGUUGUGCUAAGAAUUUUCAUAUUGCACGUCGUCAGCAUCACUGCCGGUUAUGCGGAAGUAUUAUGUGUAACGAUUGCUCUAAGUUCCUCUCAAUAGAUAUGGCACUUGAACUGGCCAGUUUGGCUACGUCACAAAGCGAGGCUAGUAAGCAAACAUCUGCUGACGCUAAAAAUUCAACUCCACAACACCAAAGCAUACGUUGCUGUGACCAUUGCCUGAGACUUCUGGAGGCGCGUCAAGAAAUGCACCAGAGCCGAACAUACCGUCCGCUUGUCUCUCAAAUUUAUGCAGAUAUACAGCAAUUACGAAAGGAUGUAAUGCCGGAUAUAGAAAUGUAUUUAAAAAUUGUGAACAGUCUCUACGAGGGAGAGUCAAUUUUCACAAUAGCAGACGCUAGUGCUUUAAGAGGCAAAAUAGGACAAAUAGCAGAAGCCAUCGAUUUGCGAAGUAAACGUAUAUUAGCCAUAACUUGUCAACAAGGUAGUCGAGAGGAGGCCUUAAAAAAAUCAAUACGUCUGUCAUGCAUUCAACUAAUAAAGGAUAAAAUGUUGUCGAUACCACCACUGCCUGCGGAAGAGGAUAUUCGCAAAAUACAGGAUCGUAAACGCAUGGAAGCGGAGCAACGUAUCGAAACUGAACGUCGUCACGCCAUGGAAGCGUAUGAAAGACAAGCAUUAGCAAAUAAUGCGGGUGGUAUUCAAAAUACAUUCAGCAAUGACAGCGAUUAUGCUUAUGGGUCCGACUUGCGUUCAAUAGAUAAUUGGUCAGCUCAUCCAGUAAAUGUAUCACAAAGUGAAGAUCCGCUUAUAGAACAAAUCAAUAUCAUAAAGGGAUAUAUUAAACAAGCACGACAGGAAAUGAAUUUCGAAGUAGUUGAAACGCUUGAAUUGAAUUUGCGAGAAUUGCAAAGAGAAUUCUACGAACGUCAGCGAACAUCUAGAGAAUAUAAUCCGGAGACCGGAAGAGGCAAUCCAUUUGAGGAGUAAACUAAAAACUAUUUACACAGAAUAAAUGUGCAAUUGUCACAAUUCUGCGUGUAUGCUGAUAAAAGGCAUAUAUAUUGGGCGCCCAUUUGAAAGACGAAUGAAAAAUUCUGCUUUUUGCAUUAAAAUGUUACAUAAUGCUUCUUAAUAAUGUUGGCAAUUCGGUGGUUACGCUUGAAGUGUAACGCGUUAACUGCGGUACAUAUACAUGCAAGUUUUGUGGUUACUAAAAUAUUUGACCGUUGCAUUUUCUUCAUAAUCAUGAGAUUAAUUAAUCACUAAUUCAAAGGAAAUUAACUAGGUUUAUUCCUCUUCGGACAAAUUCUGAGAUAUAAUAUAAAACUACAAAUAUGACUAUGAAAUGAUACACAUCGCCGCAAAUUGUUGUUCUAAGUUGUCCAUAUAUUUUUUUAUAUUAAAAUAUACAAAAGUUUAUAAAGAUUACUACUUUCAUGUUAAUAAACUAUAGAAAAAUUGUGCAUUAAAGUGCGUUUGAAUGU